CAUGGAGGAGCGAGGUCUGAGUGGUCACGGCGGUCUUAUUAAACCACCAGGUGGAUCAAAUGCUAGUCAAAAAAAUAAACCAAACGUUGGCUAUCGUUUGGGUAGACGAAAAGCUUUAUUUGAAAAACGAAAACGCAUUAGUGACUACGCGUUGGUAAUGGGAAUGUUUGGUAUCGUAGUGAUGGUGAUUGAAAAUGAAUUAAGCAGUGCUGGCGUAUACACCAAAAUAAACUAGUGCUACAACCAAAAUGGUCGUAUGCUCGACUUGAUCUGGACAAAUGAUGUUGAGCUGUUCCAGUGUUACAUGAAUGAAUAUUGGGGAUUGAGUUUGACAGUUGAUUUGACAGUUGAUUUGAC